AUGGGGAAGAGAAGAGGGAGUGUUUCAACAAGAUCGUCUCAAACUCUACCACCAUCACCCUCUCAUUCAUUUUCUUCCUCUUCCUCCUCAGACUUUGAGUUCACGAUCUCUUUAUCUCCACGCAAAUCCUCAACAGCUCUUUGUCCAGCUGAUGAGCUCUUCUACAAGGGCCAGCUCUUGCCCCUUCAUCUCUCUCCACGCAUCUCCAUGGUCCGCACUCUUCUCUUAGCUUCAUCAAGCACCUCUUCCUCCUCUGACACCACCACCACAGCCUCCCGUGACUCCACUGGCAGCUCCAAUGACUCUACUUCAUCUUUUACUAGUGAUCUGGUCUUGCUAGGAGAUUGUGACUCGUCAAGACCUAGUUCAGCUACUGAAGAUGAUGAGUUCAGGCGGCUUAAUAGCAACCACCCUCUUUUUCAAAGCCAUGUUCAUUUGAAUUCACAGAUCAAUAAGAAGGGUAGCAAUAAAUACUUCUCUUUAUCAAGAUUCUCUUCUGUUUUCAAGAAAGAGAACAAGAACCGUGAAAAUGAUAACGUAGCCGGUUCUUCGGUGAAAAGAAUAAGCGUUACAGCGAAAGAAGUCAUAAGGAAGUAUUUCAAGAAAGUGAAGCCAUUGUAUGAGAAACUAUCCCAAAAACAACAGCAAAAAAUGGGAGGUCACGAGCAUUCAAUAUUGCCAACAUCAACAAUAAAUAAUACUUCUGUCACUCUGUCAAUGAAAUCAGAGAGAUCUAUGAAAGAUAUUUAUGAUGAUGUCCCUGGCAAGGAUGCAAGAAAAGGAAGCACUACUAGCACUGGAGUAUUUUCUCAUUCUUUCUCAGGAAAUUUGAGGUACCCAAGAAGGAGAAGCUGCGUUUCUAGCUGUCCGUCUUCAAUGCGGUCAUCUCCUAGUCACUCUGGUGUGCUUUGUAAAAACGGGUUUAUGGGUUCAGCUGGUACAAGAAGUAGGACUGCUGCAGGUGGCGGCAUGUACUAUGGAGACGAAUCAUCAAUGGAAGAAUUGCAGAGUGCCAUUCAAGGUGCAAUUGCUCAUUGCAAGAACUCCAUGACGCAAAACAAGACCAUGAUCAGUAAUGAAAUCUAA